AUGAGCGAAAUCACCCACCCCACCAUCCAGAAUGGCUGGUUCUCCGAACAGUCCGGCAUGUGGCCUGGCCAGGCCAUGAACCUCAAGGUCAACCAGAUCCUGUACCACGAGAAAUCCAAGUACCAGGAUGUUCUUGUCUUCGAGAGCAGCGAUUACGGCACCGUCCUUGUGCUCGACAAUGUCAUCCAGUGCACUGAGCGUGAUGAGUUCUCGUACCAAGAAAUGAUCACCCACCUCGCCAUGAACGCCCACCCCAACCCCAAGAAAGUCCUUGUCAUCGGCGGCGGCGACGGCGGUGUCCUCCGCGAAGUCGUCAAGCACGAGUCUGUCGAGGAGGCUAUCCUCUGCGACAUCGACGAGGCUGUCGUCCGCGUCUCCAAGAAGUACCUCCCUGGUAUGAGCAUUGGCUUCCAGCACCCGAACGUGGGCGUCCACAUUGGUGACGGCUUCGAGUUCCUCAAGAACCGCCAGAAUGAGUUUGAUGUUAUCAUCACUGAUAGCUCGGACCCGGAGGGCCCCGCGGAGAGUCUUUUCCAGAAGCCGUACUUUGAGUUGUUGAGGGAUGCGUUGAGAGAUGGGGGUGUCAUCACCACGCAAGCCGAAAACCAAUGGCUGCACCUCUCGCUCAUCACCGACCUGCGCAAGGCCUGCAAGGAGGUCUUCCCCGUCGCCGAAUACGCCUACACCACCAUCCCCACCUACCCGUCGGGCCAGAUUGGAUUCAUGGUGUGCUGCAAGGACCCCGAGCGCAAUGUGCGCGAGCCUAUUCGGUCUUGGUCGCGUGAGGAGGAGGAGCGUUUGUGCCGGUACUACAACUCGGAUAUUCACCGGGCUGCGUUUGUGCUGCCGAACUUUGCGCGGAAGGCUUUGCAGUCAUAA